AGAAGUCUUUAACUAUUCCUCUUGUUCUAAAAGCAUAAUGGGAUUUUGGGUGAGUUUUAAGGGGUUUGUGGUACAAAUACAUACUGGGUGUUUGCUGGCAUGAGACUUCUGGCAUGCUUUUUUGUUAGAAAAUGGAUCACCACCCACCUUCCACCCCGGAAUUUGGAUCUUCCUUGGCAUCUUCUUGCGAUAUUAUUCAAAAACCUAGAAUUUUUAAAGUAUUUAAUCUCUGUGAUUUUUUCUUCUUGUUUCCUGCUUUUCUUUAUAUCUCAACCAGAAUAAAUACUUUGUUUCUAGUAUUAGUUGUGGAAUUCACCAGUUAUAUUACUCUUUGAGCUUUCUCAAUACAAUCGCUAGAUAAAUCU